GCAGCUGUUGGAGGAGGAGAGUGAGACAAAGAAGGAGCGAGGGGCUGUCCUUACUUGCUCUUCAGUGUGAAGACUGAAUGUGGGAGGAGGCAGGGGGAGAGGGAGAGCAGGAGAAAGAAGGGGAACAAGAAAGGAAAAGAGCAAGCAGGGAGUAACCACACAACUUGGGCUGAGGGACCAUGCAGCAGCAGCAGCAGCAGCGGCGGCGGCGGCGGUGGACUCUUCCCUGGCUCGGUGCUGUCCUGCUGGGGCUGAUGGGGCUCCUGGCGUCGGGCUCAGACUUCCAGCAUCACCGAUACGAGGACAUGGUGCGAGCCCUGUUUGCUGUGCAGAACGAAUGUCCCUACAUCACUCGCAUUUACAGCAUCGGGCGCAGCGUGGAGGGGCGCCACCUCUACGUGCUGGAGUUGAGCGACAACCCGGGCGUCCACGAAGCAUUGGAGCCGGAGUUCAAGUAUGUGGGCAACAUGCACGGCAACGAAGUGCUCGGCCGUGAGCUGCUCAUUAAGCUCGCCCAGUUUCUGUGUGAGGAGUAUCGGGCCGGAAACCAGCGGAUCAUGAGGCUGAUUCAUGACACGCGCAUCCACAUCCUGCCCUCCAUGAACCCGGAUGGCUACGAGGUGGCUGCCAGACAGGGUCCAGAGUUCAACGGCUACCUGGUGGGCCGAGGGAACGCCAGAGAAAUCGAUCUGAACCGGAACUUUCCGGACCUGAACGCGCUCAUGUACUACUACGAGAAAACCAACGGGCGGAACCACCACCUGCCGCUGCCGGACAACUGGGAGCAUCAGGUUGAACCAGAGACCAUGGCAGUCAUAAAAUGGAUGCAGAACUACAAUUUUGUCCUGUCAGCCAACCUGCACGGAGGAGCAGUGGUGGCCAACUACCCCUUCGACAAGUCGAGAGAUGCGCGCAUUCGAGGGAGAACCACGUAUGCAGCCACUCCGGACGACAAAAUCUUCAGACAGUUGGCGAGGACCUACUCAUACGCUCACAGCUGGAUGCACAAGGGAUGGAACUGUGGGGACUUCUUUGAAGAGGGGAUCACCAAUGGGGCCAGCUGGUACUCUCUGUCCAAAGGCAUGCAGGACUUCAACUACCUGUACACCAACUGUUUCGAGAUCACCCUGGAGCUGAGCUGUGAUAAGUUCCCCCCGGCAGCAGUGCUACCUAGGGAAUGGCUGGGCAACCGAGAAGCGCUGGUUUCAUACCUGGAGCAGGUGCAUCAUGGGAUAAAGGGCAUGGUGUAUGAUGAAAACAACAACCCCAUCAGCAACGCUGAGAUCUCAGUUGCUGGCAUCCACCAUGACGUGACCGGCGGAGUGGAUGGCGACUUUUUCAGACUCCUGUUACCAGGCACCUACACUGUGACAGCAUCGGCCCCGGGUUACCUCCCCUCCACCAGCACUGUCACAGUGGGACCAGCUGAGGCCAUACAGCUUCAUUUUUACUUGAAAACAGCACCAAAACAAAACCUGAAAGUGAAGCCCCACAACAGCAAGAAGAACCUCUCAUCUCCCAAGGCCCCCUUAAAGCUCGGCCCCAGAUGAGACAUGGACAAUUAUUAAGAAGUCUCACACACGCGUGCACACACACACACACACACACACACUGAAAGGCCCACAUACUGUAAAAAAAAAAAUGCACAAACACACAUUCACACUCACACAAAGACAUCCAAUUUAUUGAAAUGGUAAAUGACCUUUGUAGUCCUAUGAUUAUGUAUUGUAAACCACGUGUUUUGUUGAUAAAUAUAAACUGUUUCUGUAUUAAGGAAUUGUUGCAAACCUGGUGUAUUUAUGUAACAGCCAUGAUUUGUAUGAACACGGCUGUCCUGUAUUUGUAAUGGACUUUUUGGAUUUUGAUUUCUAUAAUUGGAUGAAAAUUGAAAGUGAAAAUAAAAGACUGUUAUUGGUGUCAUAAUUAA